AUGCCCAACUACCAUGCACUCACUUCAGCUCUUGAGCUUGCAGGCACCAAUGUCGUUGUGGUCGGCGGGACCCAGGGCAUUGGGGCUGGUAUAGCGCUGAGAUUGGCCGAACUAGGGGCCUCCGUCCUCAUCUGUGGGAGAAACGAGAAACUUGGAGAUGAGAUGGUCCGGAAGCUGAAAGAACGGGGCGCGAAGGAUGCUAGGUUUGCCUUUGCGGGGAGGGACUUGGGGACUCUGAAAGCGAUCAAGGCCCUUGUGGAGGAUAUCGCUGCUUGGGCUGGUGAGGAGGGCGUUCAAUAUCUAUAUCUCAGCCAAGGCGGACCAGUCUACUUUACGCCUGGCACCGUGGAGAACCUAACCGCUGGGUUCAACGUCCAAAUCAUAGCACAUUUCCUCAUUCCCUACCUACUCUUGACGCGUACGAAUCCUGUCCUCCGCGAGGGUGCUCAAAUUUGCCACAUCGGGCGGCCUGGUGAAAAGAAUCGAAUUAUAGACUUCGAUGAUUUUUCUGGUCUCAAGGCUGCAGCAACCGGCACUUUCAGCAUGAUGACACAUCCAUUUCGAUGGCUAUUCAUGAUGGACGUAUUCACCAAGGAGUUUAACGUCAAAUUCCCUGGAAUACACACUACGCAUCUGUAUCCAGGUCCCGUGUAUACGGAAUUAUUCAACGCGCCUAGUCUCCCAUGGUACAUGCAUGUCUUCCAGAAGACUAUAUUCAGAUGGACCUCCAUUUCCACGGCGCAAUAUGCAGAUAUUGCCAUAUGGGAGACCGUGAGCGACGAAGGGAAGGCACUGAGACGGGCUUUCUGGGACCAAUACGGGCGCGAAGUGACGGUGGAUAAACGCGUGGACUCUGACCCAGAAUUCAGGCAACGGGUCUGGGAUAAUCUUCUCCAACUCAGCGAAAUCUAG